GGGGCGGUCGGGGCCCCCAGGGCAGCAGCAACAUGGAGCUGGGGGCUGCAGCCUUCGGCCUCUUCCUCCUCCUCCUCCUCCUGGGCCUGGGGUGGCUGGGCCCUGGCCGGGGGGGUGGCAAGGGGCUGCCCCCGGGACCCCGACCCUGGCCCCUGCUGGGCAACCUGGGCCAGGGGCUGCAGCCCCUGUACGAGGCCUACCGGCGGCUCUGGCAGCAGCACGGCGCCGUGUUCACGCUGUGGAUGGGCCCCCGGCCGACCGUGGUGCUGUGCGGGCACCGGGCCCUGCGCCAGGCCCUGCUGGAUCAUGGCGAGGCCAUGGCGGGCCGGCCCCACAUCCCCGCCCAGCACCUGGUCAGCCGGGGCUACGGGCUCGUGGGCAGCAGCGGGGAGCGGUGGCGGCAGCUGCGGCGCUUCACGCUGAGCGCCCUGCGGGACCUGGGCCUGAGCCGGCGCGUGAUGGAGACGCGGGUGCAGGAGGCGGCGCAGCGCCUGGCGCGGGACUGGCACCGCCACCAAGGGCGGGCGUUCGACCCCCAGCCCGACCUGUCCCGGGCCGUGUGCGGCGUCCUGGGCUCCCUGCUCUUCGGCCCCGACUUCGACCCCGAGGACCCGCCGGCCCGCGAAUUCCUGCAGCUCAGCGAAGCCUACAUGCGCUUCUUCCGCUCGCCCGCGGCCCAGCGCUACAACGCCUUCCCCGGGCUCCUGCACUGGCUGCCCGGGCAGCACCGCCGGGCCCUGCGGGAGGACACGCGGGUCCAGGCCUUCAUCCGCGCCCACAUCGACGCCCACCGCCGGCGCCCCGCGCCCCCGGCCCCCCAGGACUUCCUCGACUGCUACCUGCGGCGCCAGGAGCAGGAGCGCGGGAAGGCGGACACGGAGUUCGGGGACGAGAACCUGGUGGCUCUGGUCCGGUCCCUGUUCAUGGCGGGCACCGAGACGACCAUCAACACCCUUCAGUUCGGCCUCCUCGUGCUCUGCAAAUACCCUGACGUGCAAGCCCGCAUGCGCCAGGAGCUGGACGCGGCCGUGGGCCGGAGCCGCGCGCCGGGGGCCGAGGACCGCGCCCACCUGCCCUACGUGCUGGCCGUGCUGCACGAGCUGCAGCGCUACCUCGACCUGGUGCCCGGCGCCCUGCCCCACGCCACCACCCAGCCCCUCGACCUGCGCGGGCACCACCUGCCCCAGGGCACGACCGUGAUCCCACUGCUGACCUCGGCCCACUUCGAGGAGGGCGUGUGGGAGACCCCGGAGGACUUCAACCCUGGGCACUUCCUGGAUGAGAAGGGGGCGUUUCGCAAAAGAGAGGAGGCCAUGCCCUUCUCCAUAGGGAAGCGCGCCUGUCCCGGCGAGGGCCUGGCCCGGCUGGAGCUGCUCCUGUUCACCACCACCCUGCUGCAGAGCCUGGAGCUGGAGCCCGCGGGGCCGCCCGACGCCAUCGACUUGUGCGCCCUGCGCCGCGCCUUCCGCGGGUCCAGCCUGGCCUUCCAGCUCUGCGCCCGGCCCCGGGCCUAGCCCCGGCCCCUCUAGGCCCUGGUCCCGGGGCCCAGCCCCUGUGUCCUGCCGGGACCAGCCACGUGCACGAAUUAAAGCACUUGUGUCAA